GCGACCUCGACCCCGAAACGCGCAUAGACGCGACCCCGUCGUCACUAGAAGCAGAUCGGCUAAUCGACGGGCAGCCAACAUGAAUGCUAAUCCGAAUCAGCAGCAAAACCCCAAUCAACAACAAAAUCCUAAUCAACCCGCGCCACGAGCACGGGCUCCUAUGACGCCACCCGAUCUCUAUCUAUUUGAUCCUGCACACCAUCUUGCUGGAGCGUGGCUAGCCACGCUCCGAGCUCAGCAGUAUGACUAUAACGAAGCUCAGGUGAACAUUCCCGCUCGAUUAGGAGGGAACGCUCAUCACUGGUUUAGUACCUAUGUAUGGGUAGAUCUUUCGACCUUCGAGCAAGAUUUUUUGAACAGAUUUGAUUACAUCUAUCCGGAGCAAGCACUUUUCAUGAUUAAAGAUCGCGUUCAAAAACCCCUUGAGUCUGUCACGGAAUAUCGAAACCGGUUCUAUCGAAUGUUUGUAAAGACAGAACGGGUUGAGCAAGUAGGAAGAGACUUGUUUAUCGAUGGACUUCGCAGCCGAACGAUGAGGGUGAAACUGCGAAAACAGUUCUCCCCCAUCAAUCAUACGUUGCAACAGAUCAUGGUUGCUGCAGAAGAAAUGGAACGGGAGUUCACGGCGAGUUUCCUAGAAGGAGAAGACUAUCCUAAGGAAGGAGACUCGUUCGAACUUGCGAGGGCAAAAGCUGAGUUGGCAGCGUUGCAAAACAAGUUCGAAAAUAUGGGGUUCGUGUCAGGACCUGUUACCUAUCUGAAGCAGAUAUCCCCUAAACGACCAGCCCCGAGUGUGAUUACGGGUAUGCCCGUCCCUAUGAUGCCGGCACCUGUAAUGACAGCACCCCCACUGCCGAUCGAAAACCCCGUACGGUCAAGUGAGUCAACCGCCAUUUUGGAACUAACCAAAACACUAAUUAGCCUAAUCCAGGAAAGCAAAAAGGAACAGCGAGAGCAUAAUGCUCGACUGGAGGCUAUGAUGAGAAAUAUGCGGCCCAUCCUAGUACGCGCCGCCCCAAUCCAACAAGGGCUGGCCCCGGCACCUGUUCUCGGAGGGGCCGCGGGCAAUCUGAAUGUCUGCUACGCAUGCCAUCAACCGGGCCAUUUAGCCCGAGAUUGCCCUCAUCGACCCCCACAACCACGGGUCGGGGUCGCACCAAUGGCGGCGGCCGCCAUCGCCAACAGACCUGGACGGGUAGCCGAAGUAGGAGCUUCGAUGGAAGAAAUGGAAGGCAGUGGAAGUGCGUUAGCUACCACGGAAGAGGCUGCUGAGCUCAUUCCGUUGGAUCAGUAUGUAUCACUUGGGUAUCUGGGGCUUGGAAUGAUUGGAACAAUCAGACCUGUGCAGGAACAGAAAGAAGUGGCGGAAUGGCGACCUUCUCCAGGAGAGAUGGAGUCGGGAGGACCCACCUUCGUCACUGGCGAAAUCGAUGUUCUGAACAUCAUUUGAGCAUUGGAUCAUCGGAUUCCUCUUCCGAUCGGUCAUCUGCGUUCGAUAUCAGAACAGGCUAAUGAGCAUAUGCUGCAGCAUCGUAAAAACGAUUCACCCUUGCCUGAACGGCCAACACGAAAACUAAAGGACCAAUACCAGGCGAAAAUGCCACAGGCACUUCCGAUCCCAUACGCAUAGGGCUAAUACAGAAAGAUGAUCACUUCCUGCGAAUCAAGCCUAUCCCAUGGA